AUGACACCAGUUCAGAGAAGGCACCCAAUACCCAGGCUGCAGAUUCAGACCACCGCGCCACCUGACCUGCACUGCACUGCAACCAUGGCGCCCGCGGUGGCCAGAGUUCUCGCGAUCGUCCUCCUCGCGGCGGCCGCGUCGACCCUGGCGGUGGCGGACCCAUCCCCCGACGCCGUGGCGCUCCAGGCCUUUCGAAGCGGGCUGGAGGACCCCGACGGCGAGCUGCAGAGCUGGGACCCGGAGCUGGUUGACCUCUGCAGCUGGUCACACAUCAUCUGCGACGCCAACAAUCGAGUCACUCACAUAGAGCUUGGCUAUUCGAACCUGUCCGGUCCACUGUCGCCGGAGCUCGCCAAGCUAGACCAGCUACAGUACAUGAGGGUUGGGGACAACAAUAUUCAGGGAACGAUCCCAGAAGAGUUCAGCGACGUGGGUAACCUGGUCAGCCUGGACGUGUACAACAACAACAUCUCAGGGCCGAUACCCGCGUCGCUUGGGAAACUCUCCGCCCUGAAAUUCAUGAGGCUGUAUCAAAACCGUUUGACCGGGCCGAUCCCGAUGGAGCUGACUGGACUGUCCAAGCUGGAA